CAUAUAUGAAUUUAAUAAAUCCAAUAAAUUAUAACCAUCUACCACACGCAAUGUAAACGGGAAUUACAUUUUUAGGUACUUAUGUACUACUUUGGUUUGAAUUUACGCUCCUAACGUAUUCGUCAAGUUGGUAAACUUGAAAAACAGUGACCGGUGUGGAUGAUGGUAGGGGCAACGGUUUUUAGCUGAUGCUGUGGUGGUGGGGAUGGAUGAUGCCGCGCCAAACCAAGCCAGUCCUGUGUCUUUGCGGCGAUCGGCGUCAGUCUGAGUCUGAGGCCUGGGUGUAGCGGGGUCGGGGUGUUGGCUCAUGCCGUGUUUAGAAGCUCGUGGCUUUUACUACUGUAUGUUAGUUUAUGCGUGUAAAUAAAUGAAAACAUCUCCAGUUUUGUCAAAGUGCUGUGCCAAAUGAGUGUGCUCCAAUCCUGUAUUCGAAAUUUGUUGCUGUGAUAUGUGUUUUUGUAGAAUAGUUUGCAGCAUCCCGAAAACAGGUCCAGUUCUUCAUCUCCGGCUCACAACAUACAAUCGAUAUCUGCCCGGCUUCCAGCCAAACGGCUCCUUUUUGACCUAGAAACAACUUUUUGCAUCAACUUCAUCGUCAAUAAAAGGUACUGUUGGAAGAAUGGAUUGACUGAUUCAAAAUGUUAUCCUCUUAUGGAAGAGCUCAAUCUUAGGAGAUGCAGUAUCGGUAACAAAAGCUGUAAGCAGCAGCAGCAGCUACAACAGAAUGCUGGAGGCACACCACCAUCAUCAAUAUCAGUACAGGCCGCUGGUAAUCUGCCUGCUAGCGGGCCUGUCGUUCAUCACGGUGUGUCGCCUGCGGAUGGGCACGUCGGUUGCCGCCCCCGACGAGGCCGAGACGUGGGGCGGCGCCAUGGGGCGGCCGGAGGUGGUUGGCCCCGUGGUCGGCCCCUAUCAGCCGCUGACCGCCUCCAAUGUGUCGACGCCGAUGCCCUUCGACGUGGCCGAGGGAGGCCUCGGAUUUGCCGACCGCAGUCAGCUGAUCGACCUCGGCAACUUCAGCUUUCUGAUGAACGACGCGGCGGUCAACCUGUGUCAUCCGAAUGCGACGCCGCCCUCGCUGGUCACCCUCGUGCACUCGUCGCCUGCUCACCAACAUCAUCGCGACGCCAUAAGACAGGUGUGGGGCGGCAAGCAGAUGAACGUGGUAUUCCUGGUGGGUGAGCCGUCAGCUGCAGCUGUGGACAACGUGACGCAGCUACAGCAGCAGCUAGAGGCCGAGAACGAGCUGCACGGCGACCUGGUGCAGGGCUCCUUCCAGGACACCUAUCGCAACCUCACCUACAAGCACGUCAUGGGCCUCAAGUGGAUCGCCUACCACUGUCCGCGCGCGCGCUACGUCGUCAAGACCGAUGACGACGUAUUUGUCAACACCAGGAACCUGCAGCGCUUUCUCAACGACCGGUUGUCACCGCUUGGGGUGCGUCGGCUGAUAAUGUGCCAGCUAUGGGAGGGCAGCCUGGUGAAACGCUCGUACCGAUCCAAAUGGCGGGUGUCGCCCGAGGAGUACGCUGGCCGUACCUACCCCGGCUACUGCCCCGGCUGGGCGGUCAUCUACUCGCCCGACGUCGUCCAGCUGCUCUACCGCGAGGCUCAGCGCACGCCCUUCUUCUGGAUCGACGACGUACAUGUCACUGGUACGCUAGUGGCAGCAGCCAACCUGACGCACACCCCUCUAGGCGCCGAGCCCUACCUGUGGACAGACGACCGUGACGUCAUGCGACGCCACCACAACUCGUUCCUAUUCUACCUGAUGGACCAGCAGCAAUUCAAAGACCUGCACGACGUUCAGCACUCGCUGCCCUUCAGUUAGUGCACACAGGCCUACCACCACCACCACUACCACCUACAACUUGUCUAGUCCUAGCUAAAGCAGAAGGAGUGGGCACCACUACACCAGCGAUCCGUUUCUUUUUUUUAUUCCGUUUGCUAGUAAAUUUUGACUUGUCGCAAUGUCUCGCGAUGGUAGAAUCAUUUGAAGAGAAAUAAUUCUGGGUUGCACUCGGGGUUGAUAGAUCUAAUAAUUCUAAAUUUCCGUGACAUAGUUGAAUCAUUUGAAGGAAAAUAACUCUGGGUUGCACUCAAGUCAAGAGGUCUACUUAUUCUAAAUGUCCGCUAUGGUAGAAUGAUUUUAAGGAAAGUAAUUCUUGGUUGAACUCAAGGUUUAAUAGAUCUAGUGAUUCUAAAUACCUUGGGUUGAACCAAACAGGAUCAGCUUACUGUCAAGUAGUCAGUUGAUGCUGGCUGUUUCAAACCAGAAUCAAACAAAUAUUGGCUUCCAAGUGCUUGAUUGUAACAGGCUAAUCCAUGUAGAUGAAUUAGGGUAUAAGUAUUUGUUCUGAUUAGGUACUUGAAAUCCAAUAUUUGAUGCUAUAUUGCCUAAAAUUACAACCUAAUUUAAUUGAAAAGUCGUGUAAGAGUACAAGUUAAAGAGAGUUUGGAUAUUUAUUACGUUUCUAAGUCUGUUGUGAUUGAGUUAUUUGCAACUAUAUUAAAUAACGCGGUAACUAGGUGUUGAGAGCUUAGGAUUCUAUUCUAAAAUGUAGAAAAAGAGUUUUGUCAAAAGUAAAAAACGGAGAGCUUUGUGUUGUCAAACUCUGAUCGAUGUGAUAAAUUGUGGUUUAAGGCCGGCUAAAAUGUCCUAUUGCUUCAAACAAGUUACAAUUUUUUUGUCUAAUACUGUAUAAUCAAAACCUACUUCAACAACUGUCUCAUAAAUCCAGAAUUCUUUUCUUUAUACGUUUCAAGAUGAAACGGGACAAAUGUAAACAAACCUAUGUUUAUACAAAAUCACAAAAUGGAUAUAUGAGAUCAACUUGGUUCUAUUGUAGAUUAAUAACAUGUGCAUAAUUGCAUAUUAAGAGAUCGUCGCUCAUAGUAUUAUUAAUAUGCCACUCUCAAAUUAUCACAAAUUCUGAACGUUUAUGAUAAAACCCCAUAAUUCACUCAAUAGUUAUUUAGUAAGUAGACGCGUUAGAAGGUAGAACUUUCCGAGCUCCUUGAGUAGCUAAAUUGAAAUAAAUUUUGUAGGGCACCUCCAAGGUCGAAUUUGGAGAAUCCUACUCAGAAUCGAAUCAAGCCUACUAAGUACUUAAUAAACAAAAAUCUAGUGUAGUGUUUGCGGAAGUAUAGUCAAGUACUUGUAAACCUGUCGCCAGUCUGUUUCUAUCUGCCAACUAUUGAUUAUUCAGAUUGGUUGAUCCUAAUUAUCAUUCAUUAUUUGUAGCUAAACUAAACGGCAUAAACCCAAUCUAGUUGUUGAAGUCUCGCUCAAGGCUCACUAUAUAGUGAAAUAUGUGAAUAUAACAUUCAAUUAGCUAUAAGAAAGGUAACUAGCCCAAAUUUUAUUGGAAAACUGCGGAGAUUAUUCAAGUAACGGUCAGGGUCUAGAUAAAUUGUGCUUAGAGGUUGUAGAACAGUACAAAAAUGGUGCCAAAUAAAUUGACAGAGCGAUUUAAGAGACCUGACCUUGGCCUUGUUUUAUGUCCGCCAUUGAAAAAAAUCAACAAAAUUUAAGAACCUAUGACUUAAUAGAGCCUAUAAAUACUAUUAUAUAAUAUAAUAAUAUUAUACUGGGACAGUUGUACAAUUUAUCAUCAAUAUCCCACUUUUUCGAAAAUAAAAAUCCUCGAAUAUAUUUUUGAAAAUAUGUAGAAAAUUUUGUGCCUUUAGUUAUAAAUGUAUAAGAGAUAUUUGGUUUAACGAUUCUUCUAAAAUAAUUAAUAAACACAUUUUUUAGCAUUAGUCUCUUUAAUGACCAGGUUGUCAUCUAUGUACUUUUGUGUGAUGUAAAAAGUUAGUAUGGUAUCUCAGCCAUAUGAAAAGUGCCAUUUCUUUUAAGUAGAUACAGAAAAUUAUAAAAAUUAGAUCCAAUCUUGUUGAUUUUUCCCUCAUGUAGGUUGGAAAAAGAGAUGAAACAUAGUCCAGAAUGUUGUUUAAUCAAAUUCUAUAGGAAUAACAUUAUUGUAAUUUUGAGCCUAAUAGUCCUCUAGCAGAUAAUAGUGUAUUUGUUUGAGACAUCAUUCCUCAAAAUGAAUUUAGAUUGAAAGUAUUUUUAAUUAGUAGACCUUGUACAGAUAAACCUAAGUUUGUAAAUACGUUACACUGAAUAUAAAACAGUAGUUUUAGAUGCUGUGAUACCAAUCAUAAGUUUUACAUUGAAUUGAAAAGUGUAAUGUGUUUCAAUAGCAGUUUAUUAUCUAUUAGGGUAUUUCUUCUUUGAUUUAUUGUCAAUCAGUGGAAGUUAUUUCCAAAAUGAGAGGGACCAUAGCAACAAAAAAGUAGACGAUUUUUGGUGAUAGAUAAAAAUGUUGUUUGUGAUCAAUUUAGUGCUGGUUAAAUGAUGAGUCAUUGCAAAUAUUAUAUUGUGCAUAAAGUUGGAAAUAUUAUUUGUAUAAAAGCAGUGUCGUAUUGUAUUAUUUUUGAAAAUACUCAAUGUUUCAGUUAUUCUCUGUAUGCAUUUCUUUUAAUUCUUCAUUUUUCUCAAUGCCAUGCAAUUCAGUCAUCAUAGUUCUGUGCUUUACUGUAAAUAUCAUCAAAUAUUGCUUAGUGUGAAUUUUUGAACCACUGUAAUGUUUUACUGAAACGUUUGGAGAAUGAAAAUGUUCAAAACUCUAAGAACUAAUGGAACAAGGAAUAUUAAUAUUAUAUUAGACUCCAGCUUUUAUUUCGAUAUGUUUUCAAAGAGUAUUGUUCUACAAAAUUUAAAGAACGUUUUCGAUUAAUUGUGUUUCAAUCACUUGGUAUUUGUUAUAGCAAUAUUGUAACUCGUUAUAAAUUACUAUUAAAGUCUGAAUUUUGUAAAAUAAUGUGGAUUGCUCAGUGAUAUUUUCAAAAUUAGAACGAAAUUAAUAUUGAUUUUGAGUUGAUAUGCACAAUAGUAAAAAAGGUUCACUUUCUGACAUUCUGCAAAUGAUUUGAACCACAAAUCUUUUCUAUGACUAGUUCAUAUUACCUGCCUUUAUUUUAUAUACAUUACCUGGAAAAUAACUGACGAUUAAUCCUCAUUUCAAAAUCGAUUGAAAAAAAUCAGUAUUUCAAACUUAGUUCAUAAAUAACUUUUUUCAAGUGAAUAUUGGACACAAAACUAAUACCUAAUAAUUGUAGCCUAUUGUAAACUGUAGACUAUAAUUUACACUUGAUGUUGUGCAGUUUUAUAUUCCUUCUUCAUUAAUUUAUAAUAUUUAUUGUGUUUAGAGUGAUCAACCAAAGAAGAAUGUGCUGUAUAAUUUUUAAUUCGGAUUAAUUUAUUUUUGUACGUUUUUCCUAUUCUAUUUUUGUGUGCUUCUGUUUGAAAGAUUGUAAAUUUCAGCGUAUAUUAUUUGUGAAGGGACAAGUUGAGCAAUUUAUUACAAAUAUGAGAUUUAUUUAUGCGUAUUUUGAUUGGUUUUUUAAACAAUAGCAUAUUGAUGGGAGAAGGAAGAGCACUUGUACCUAAUACUGUACUAUAGAUCGAGAAAUUUGGUAGUAGUGUAUUCAAUUCUCAUUACCUGAAUAAAAGCUAACACAAUAGCUAAGUCAGUAGAAAUUAAUAUAGUAAGCCGUUUACAAGAUAUUUUUGAAAAUAAUCUAAAUUUUAAAUCAAAAUAUAGAAGUCAUUUAAAAAAUCAGCUUUAAAAUCUACUUCUUUAUUAAUCUACAUUCCAUAAUGUUAUUGAUCAAAUAUAAACAAAAUAGAGGAAUUGAAAUAUAUGUAGUUGAUUUGUUAGUGACUUCUAGCUUAGCCUACUGCUGGAAUGUGCUUACAGGCGUAUUGCUCAAACUUUGGACCAGAGUGAAUGAGCGAGUAUGGUAGAAUAAUUGAUUUCAGAUUUUGCUUAUCCUAUCACUUUCCUAUUUGUGUUUCACCAUUCAAUUGAUAUUUUUCCAGAAUAUACUGUAUUUAAUAAAUCAAGGCUAAGAACAACAUGUCACUUUGUUAAAGCAAUUUGAAACGAAAACGAUCCUGGAGAUUUCUAAAAUUUAGUUUCUUGGAAUAAUAAAUUAAUGUACUACUGCUGUGUUACACACUGAGUGGAUGGGACUAUUCUAUAUGCUGUGUAUACACAAAACAUUUCAAUUCUGAGAUUUUCGCGAAAUUGCUAGAGCUAAUACCUACAUUCUUGACCUAUUCUUCAACGCCUACUUAUAUUAUAAUAUAUAAAGAAAAAAUCAAAACCUUAGACACAAUUCUUUCUUCGAAAAUUUGCAUUAAAUACUAUCCUGAAUAGCAAAGAAUAGUAGUUCUAAACGACAAACCUAGCAAAAAUCAAGUUUUAAUGUUACAUUAAAAAUUGUAGUGCAAGCCAAAUUAUAAUUGAAUAGUUUUACUAUAACUUUCUUAAUAUGAAACUUGCUAUUGUACCGUAUAUCUGGGCGUGUACGGUGCAUGAAAAACUGUGUAAAAGGCUGAUUUAUAGAAUCUUAUUCUAAGUGAUUAUUAUUUAGUAACAGAAUAGUGUAUAUGAUAUAUUUAGGCAUUUAAAAUAUUAUAAUUCACUAUACACUACAAUUACAUUGAUUUAAAGUUGAGUGUGAUUAUAUAAUUUCUUGAAGAUUAAUAAGAGUCAAUUUUUUGUAA